AUGCUCACAGUAGGCCAUCUCUCAUUUUGCCAGUGGAAGAAUCCCGCCAAUCGAUCAGCCACGAAGCGACGCGACCUCUUAUACUGGACCAAUUUGGCCAAGAUACUGGACAAAGGCGACUUUAAUGCUCUGUCCCUUGCCGACACAUUUGUUCCAUAUGACACAUACAAGGGGACCGCGGAGCCCACUAUCCGGAAUAGAGCUGAAUACCUAAUGGGUGACCCCGCUAUACACAUCGCUAUUCGCAACGCUCAGGCCAUUCCUGCAAUGGCAUCGGUGACAAAGAAUCUCGGGUACGCAAUUACUACGUCGACAUCGUAUGCAGCUCCGUAUGUUGUCGAAACCGAUUUCCCGCUUUGGAUCAGUGGACCGGUGGUUGCUCCGGUGGAACAUUGUGACCUCGUUGAAAGAAUCCGCUGCUGA